UUGUUUACGACGGCCGGUUCUGUUUUGCACGUGCUCUGGAAUUUUUCGUUUUUUAGUGUUAUAUUAGAAUCAAAAACUCCAAAUAGUGAUUGUUUGCAAACAUGGAAGGAGUUUCGAAAAUAUUUGGCGGCGCGAUUGAGGUUAAAGAUGGUAACAUUAGAAAAAUACUGGAUGCUUUAGACGAACAUCAAACGAUGUGGAAGGAGCCUCAACAUGAGAUCGCAUCGUAUUUCGUUAAAAUUGGGACCCUUCUUGGUAGCGUAGAGACCCGCGACCGAGGACUUAUCGCCUUGUGUCACUUUCUGCCUCGGUGCCCACUGGACACGCUGGAGGAAAAGAUGCAGUACUAUGUUAACAUAUGUGCCAAAAUCUGCAACCAGAAGGGCCACACUGCAAGCAUUCCGCUAGCCUACGAUGUACUGAAACAACUCUUGCUCAAGUCGCUAGAAUCAUCCGAUCUCAACAAACUAAUGAUCAGUAACGUUCCGAAGUUAAUGGAAAACGUUACCACCACCGUAGACCCCUCAACGAAUGCUGCUACGUUGGACUUUUUAGAAACAGCCAUGCGCUACUACCCGGGCCCCAGUGGACCAUCAAGAAAUCGAAUCGAAGAUUAUCUCUUCUCCUUGGUAGACAGCGAAGAUCCCCUCGUUGUGGACCGCACCGGUACUUGUUUGCUUUUGCUGCAGCAAAUUCGGGGCGGAGGCCAACACGGCAAUCUCCACAAGAAAACCUGGGAAGAGUAUCAGUGCAAACUGGUCGACACAAUUCACGAUCUGCUGGGAAAAGUCUUUGCCCACACGCCGGAGUCGUUUGACGUCGAUGAAAAUCUUGAAUAUCUUAAAUUUCCCAAACUAGUGGUAGACGACGAACCGGUUGCCGGAGCUCUACGGGUAGUGACUAGACUAUUGAACGCGAUUUGCUACUUGGAACGAGCCAUUCUCGAACCGUAUCCAGUAGCGAAACCUUUCAAACCGAUGAAAAUUCUUAAUGUGAUUCUCCGAGCACAUGCUGUCAGUUGCCAAACUAUGACGAGAAAUUCGAUCCAGGAGAAUCUAGCUCUCGGGAUGUUUCUACCUCAGAUUCAGGAGCGAAUGUUGAAAGUGUUGGAUGCUUUGGUACUGGUGUUGAAGUCAAAUAUGCUACCGUUUGGGAAUCUAGUGACGGAUCUGUUUGACCAGAGUCUGAAAGGUACACUGACCGUGGAUGCCAAAGGCAGGAUGAAGUCGUUCGUGGCACAGCGGACGAAAGUUUACGAGAGUAUGGCACUGUGGUGCGAGACGAACAAAUAUGCCAGCGGAAUCGAGGAGAUUGGUGACAAAGUGCUGGAACAUAUCGUUCAGGAUAUAACGCCGUUCGAGGCGGAGGUCACGUUGCAGGUUAACGCUAGUGGGCAAAAACUUUCCGCAAAAGCGAGAAAAAAACUCCAAAAGCAACAGAACGCUGCGACCAGCUUGGCUAAAACCCAUACCAGUAAUCGACUUGACAAUUCCAAACUUCUGCAGACAGACUCCGGUAAUGAAGAGCUCUGCUUAGCCGCAUUAUGUUGCCUAAGAAAAAUAUUGGAAGCAGCCGGUUGUUUCAUCAAACCCGUCAUGCAUAAGCUCUUGCAGGAAAAAAUCGUGUCGCUCUGCUUUUCGGUAUUCUCCCAACUAAACACCGGAAUCAGACAGAACCUCUACUGUGAACCCGGUUGCCGAGCGGCGUUGCUUGCAUCGCUGAGCGCCCUAAUUAUCAAUCCUCACCAUCUUUGUCCACCUCCGUUGCAGUACGGAAUCGUUUUAUUCAAUUUAGCCGAAGUGCAGGAUCCCAGCGAAGAUGUUCGUUCGAAAGCCUCCGACCUUGCGCGAACAGCUGAAACGUUGCUACAUCCACGAAAAGAGGUGUUUUACUUCCCAGUAGAAGAAAAUACCGUCAAGGACAUGAUGGUGGCUAAAAAGAAGCACCCUUUGAAUUCUAUUGUCUCGACGAAAACAGCAUUUGAUGAGGACAGUCCGCCGAUAAGAUUUGAACAAUAUUCAAAACCUCAGCCAGCUGAAUCGUCGUUGACUAGUAAGAAUAACGAACCGGAAGCAUCGGUUGAAGACGAACCAAUCGCUCGAGUUGAAGAGAUCACUAUAGAAGAGGAUAAGACUCCGGCGGUUGUCUACAAACUGGACGACGAUGAGCAUGAAGCAAACUUCAAUGCCGGUGAACUGCAUAAAUCGGCAAGCGAUAAGACGGCUGAAUCGCAGGCGAUUCGCAUUGACUCGGACGACGACGAUGAAGUUGAAAUAGUGCCGGAAACGGGAAAUAGCGUCGUAAAUGGUUCUGUAAUAAUUCCGGAACAAGCUAAAAUUUCGGUCACAGAGAAUGUCGACUCAAGCGACGAUGACGUGCAGAUGGUGGACGAAUCAGUACAGGAAACACCAACAGCCGCAAAAAUCGUUCCACCGACGGUGGGUGUUCAAAAACGUAGAUCGGACGGAGGACCACAGGCAGAAGAUUCUGAUGCUAGUGAAAAGCGUCCCAAAGUUAUGGAUAAUGAGGAAGAUGUGGACUUACGAGUGAGUGAUCUAGUAGCUGAAUUCGUCGAUGAGCUUAACGAUGACGUGUAAUUCUUGCUUUACAAUUAAUUACUGUAUUGAAUAAACACGACACAGCACUGUUUA